UCUUCUUCUGAAUAUCUCUACAGUUUUCAACGCUUUGGAGUUCAGUCAGUGAUGGGUUAAAGCAGCUCGAGCUGGAGCCUCCUCACAUUAUUAUCUGAGGCAGCGGGAGGAAACGGCUCCACAUUUGCGCUCCGCUUCCCCAGCACUGCGCGCUUCUGUCCGGCUUGCAGGAAUAACCCGCAUCCCCACAAAAUCACCACUUCGGCUCCGUCUGGAUGUGUCUUUAAACCUCCGAGCCUCCGGUCCAUUUGGAUGCUGGAGCGCGAUGCCCGGCCAUCACUGGAUAUAAAUGACAGAUCCAAGUGUGUGUGACUUCAGUGCACCGAAGCGGAGGCUGCAUGGGAGAUGAACGCAGCCGCCAAACACCAGCCUGAUCUGCUAGAGAGACCCGCCAGCCUCCUGGUACCGACAUGGACAAAAACCGGACUUGCCCUCUUGUACGACGAGCACACAAGUAACACAUACGACGUUCGCCUAAAGUUAACGAAAGAUUUGUUAAUCAUACAGAAACAGGACGUGGUUUGUGCGAGUGGCAUCGAAUCUCAUUUAAAUCACAGAACUGUUGUACUGAGAAGGCAGGCGACUGGAGGUCUGGGUCUGAGUAUCAAAGGGGGAGCAGAACAUAAAGUGCCUGUGGUGAUUUCCAAGAUAUUCAAAGAUCAAGUAGCUGAUCAGACUGGGAAGCUGUUCAUCGGAGACGCUGUUCUGCAGGUCAACGGCAUUAACGUGGAGAAAUGCACACAUGAGGAAGUGGUUCAUCUGUUGCGGACGGCAGGAGAUGAAGUCUCCAUCACUGUUCGCUACCUCAGGGAAGCGCCGGCCUUCUUAAAACUCCCAUUAGGUUCACCUGGACCGUCCAGUGAUCACAGUAGCAGGGCCUCGUCGCCGCUUUUCGACAGUGGUUUGCAUUUAAAUGGGAACUCCAGCAACACGGCCCCGUCGUCGCCCUCCUCACCUUCGGCUAAUGAACCAAAGUAUGAGAAACGCUGGCUGGAUGCCGUCACCCUCCCUCUGUUCAUGGCUCGAAUCUCUCGACGCAAAGCUGGAACCGACAAAUUAAGAUCGAACAGUUUCGAAGUCAUUGCCUUAGAUGGAGUUUGCACGCACGUUCUUCAAUUUUGCACUGCGGGUGAAAGCACAGACUGGCUUCAAGCAAUAUCAACCAACAUCAACGAUCUGACGCAGGACAGCAUAAAGACGGUGAAUAAAUACUGUUCUGCUGAUGAUCAGAUUGUCCACAUGGGCUGGGUGUGCGAGCAGACAGCAGGCGCAGAUGCAGACAGAGACGCAGACGCCGCUCACUGCUGCAGAUUCCUGGCGCUCAGAGGAUCAGCUCUGCUUAUCUUCAGGACUCCACCUAUCCUGGCGUCAGACUGGACUCAAGCAGAGGCUAGUUUUCACCUCUGUGAGGUUCUCUUUAAGGUUCAUAAGCUGUGGAUAGCGGAGGACUGCUGGAUUCAGACCAAGCUUUAUAUGGGGCUCCAGCAGGACGGGGAGCUGCGGGACAGUGAACCCUUCUGCUUCAGUGUGCUGCUGGGUCACGGCCAGAGCUUCUGCUUCAGCGUGGAGCUGGGCUCGGACCUGGUGCUGUGGGAGAAAGCCUUCCAGAGAGCCGUCUUCAUGGAGGUGCAGAGAGUACGGUCCAAGAGCUACAUGUGCAGCAGUCAAGGGAAGAUCCUGUGCUUCACCAUAGACUUUGAGUCCGGUUUCUCCUGCUCCGACACACUUUCAAAGAAAAUCAUCUGGAAAUAUAAGUUCUCCCAACUGAAGGGUUCAUCUGAUGACGGCAAGACACGUGUGAAGCUUCUGUUCCAGAACUCAGAGAAUAAACAGAUCGAAAUGAAGGAGCUGGAGUUUGCUAAUCUGACCGCUGUCCUUCACUGCAUCCACUCGUUCAUCGCUGCCAAAGUGGCCACGGUGGAUCCGGUUUUCGUCAGCAAUCAAAGUCUCACGCAGAAGUACAUGUGCAGCAGCUAGAAACAUCCGUGUGUGACCAACAAUCUGAUUUUAUGCACAAUAAUAUCUAUGGAUAUAUCCGGUUCUUGUUAUUUUUGUACGGAUCUUGUAAAUUCAGAGCGACGUUUGAAUUUGAGUAGAUGCUAUUUUGACAUGCGUUGAGUUCUGGUUUCUUUUCUUACCUACUAAUACGAUCGCUCAUGUGCUUAAACUGAUUAUGUAGCAAAGCAGAUUUUGACACACGGCAUUAUUAAGUUGAUGCAUGAGCUGCAUUUGACAAUUUACAGGGCAAAACGGGUGAAACUCUGAGACUUUCAGCUGUAAAAAUCAACCAAACUAUACGCAUUUGUCUUCUUUUGCCCUUUUGUUUUCUAUUUAACGCCUCAAACUUGGUCAUUCAGCAUAAUAGCAAGUCGCACACUGGAUUUUUUAAAGUCACUUCUUUUACAAAUAAAGAAACGAUUAGUUCACUGCUGAUGGAAAAUAACAU